UCAUCUAUGAAUUUUUUACAAAAUUCAAUUGGAAAAAUAUUUUUUAAUAAUUUUUUAUACAACUAUAUACCUCAAAUAUGUAAUAGAAACAUUUAUACUGGAAUUAUUCAUCACUAUAAAAUUACUGAAACCCUUUAUGCAGAACCAUUAAAAAAGAAAAAAAGGAUCGAUCCAGGCUUACUCAAACUAAGAGAAGAUAGAAAAAAGAAAAGAUUAGAAAAAGCUGUAAGAAUUUUAGAAAAGCGUGGAAAAAUAUUAAAACCUUUAAUUGAAUGUGAGCCUGAACCUAAGUUUCUUAGAGAACUCAAAAUAAGGGAAAGACUUGUUCCUAUAUUAGAAGGUAAGGAAAUAACAGAACGUGCAUUAUUACAGAAAGAAUGGACAAGAUAUAAAACUAAACAAAGCAAACAAUUUAUGGAAUCAUGUCAAAAGUUGUUAUUAUCCCAAGAAAGGGCUUUGAUGGAACUUAAAAAUGAAUCACUAGAUUUAUAUAAUGAAGCAAUUAAACUGAAUGAAAAUGUUCUUCCAGCAACUCUUGAAGGCCCUACAAACUCGCCUCCAUUCGAAAAUUAUGACUCACCCGACGGAGAAUUCAACGACAUAACAAAAACUUACAUUAGAUAAUUCAAAUAAAUUAUUUAUUUCACUGUUUAUUAAUAAAUAAAAUGGAUAGUUAUAA